AUGGCCGCUGCUGGACUAUCCGAAGAAGAGGCUGCAAAGUACAUUGAACAGGUAUCCACAGGGUCAGUUGUGGUAGCUUGCGUCAACAGCCCCUUAAGUGUAACUUUAUCGGGCGAUCAAGAUGCCGUCACGAAGUUGUGCAGCGCCAUUUCCGCCGAUGGGAGUUUCGCAAGGCUGCUUCGGGUCAAAACAGCAUACCAUUCACCUCACAUGGCAACAGUCGCCCAGGAGUACCACAACAAUAUGGGCAAUAUCAUCCCUCUGGGAGAGGCCGAACAAAUUUGCCCAAUGUUCUCAUCGCUCACCGGCGGUACCGUCACCUCCAAGGAUCUAGAUGCGUCGUACUGGAUGAAAAAUAUGUGCGAGCAGGUUCGAUUCUCGCCAGCGAUUACUGCUUUACUUGAGUACACGCCAGAAACUGCACAGGGUCGGGGUCGCAAUCGAAUUCAGUGGAGCGCCUUCGUCGAAAUCGGCCCUCAUGGGGCUUUGCAGAGUCCAGUAUCCGAAAUUGCAAAGACAAGCCAAAGUAAGACCGCAAAAGAGGCACCAUAUCUCUCCGCCAUUGUCCGCAACAAGGAUGCAGAGAUGACGGCGCUACAGCUAGCCGGCCAGCUUUGGAGUUCUGGUCACAGCAUAAACCUUUUGCGGGUGAAUUGCAUCUAUCCAGAGUCUUUACCACUCUCAUUGCCUGACCUACCGUCUUAUCCUUGGAAUCAUAGUAAGAGCUACUGGCAUGAGUCCGCAAUGGCUCAAUCAGCCAGAUUCCCAGGUGGUCCUCGCACAGAUCUGUUAGGGGUGCCUGUCGACUUGCAAAAUCCCAUGGAGCCCCGCUGGCGCAACUAUCUCCGCAUUUCUGAGAACCCGUGGAUUGAAGACCACAAAAUUACUGGGACCGUGCUUUACCCUGCGGCUGGCAUGAUUGUAAUGGCCUUGGAAGCUGCUUGCCAAUUACAAGACGACUCGAGGAAACUCAAGGGCAUCGAAUUCCAGAACAUCAAAUUUGAGCGUGGUCUCGUCGUACCCUCAAGAGAACAAGGUGUCCAGACGGAAGUCAGCCUCAGACCAGACGAAGCGUUUCCAUCCACGUGGAAAUUCGCUGUUUACUCUUUGCCAUCGAAAGGCUCGUGGACCAAGCACUGUCAUGGGACGGUGAGCCUGGAGUACGCAAAUGCCGAGCAUAAUUCUGCAGCACCCUCGGAAGAGAAAUGGAGAGUUUUGACUCGCGAUUGGAACGACAUCAAGCACAAAGCCUCCCACGGAAUUGAAAUGGAAGACUUCUACGACCAGCUCGAGUCUGUUGGAGUAGAGUACGGGCCAACUUUCAGGAAUGUGUUUGAAGCGGGUGCAGUCACCGGCGAGCACUGCGCCCACGGACGUAUCAGUAUCCCAGACACCAAGUCUGCCAUGCCCUUCGACUUUGAGUACCCCCAUCUGAUACACCCGGCAACCAUGGAUGCCAUCUUUCAUCUUCUCUUCGUUGCAUUUUCCGAUGGCAAGCCCCUUCAAGACGCUGCGGUGCCUUACACAUUGAAGCAAAUGUAUAUUGCUGCAGAUUUACCUCGGGGCGAGGGUGGUGUGUUCAGUGGUUACGCCAAGCGUCUCCGAAGCGACGGCCGUGAGACGUCUGGUGACUUGAUUGUGUCUGAUGAGACCUGGAGCACUCCGAAGUUGAUCAUCCGCGACUUUGCGUUGAGACAGGUAACAUCUUCACAAGACUCUUCGUCUUCAAGCGUCAAAAAUGCGAGAAAGGUUUGCGCGAAACUGAGAUGGAAGGAGGACGUCGACUUCGUUCGUUCUCCUACAUCUCUUCUUGAUUCGGAUCAGAUUCGUUGCAGCAAAGUCGAGCUUGCUUAUGAUGAUGAGAUCUUGAGGGGUCUCGCAAGGUUGCUUGAUAUGUUGCAUCAUAAGAGGCCAGGCUACGAGAUGCUUGUCGUCAUGCGAGAUGCUUCGGAUGAUACUCGCAUUUUCAUGAAAGCUGUACUCGAAAUCUUUGAGAGGUUUUCACGCAGAGAGGAGAGGAAACUUCACAUCUUAACGACUUCAGAGGCGGCUGAAAAUCUCGCCGAAGAAUUAUCAUCCACCCAAAAUGGACUGUCAGAGAUUCGGAGCUGGAACCCGAAGUCCCAGGAGCAACCGUCAUUCUCGAAUGAUUGUUUUGACUUGAUUGUGAGCAUAAGGUCAUCGCAACCUAGCGAUAUCUCCUUUGGCCACACGAUACUACCCGCACUGCGAGAUCUUAUACGAUCAACGGGCUAUCUCUGCUUGGCGGGUUUGAAUGACCUCAGCCCAAUACUAAGUCAUGAUGAUAAGUUAACGAUCCUCAGAGCAAGAAUGGAGCCAGGAAUGUUCUUGUCGGAUACAAAUAGCAAAAUGACACUCGUUGUCGCAAAGAAGCCGAAAUUGCCGCCGCCUGACUCUUUACCAUCUGAGGUCUUCUUGCUGCACACGCCAGAUCUCACUGCAGCAAGCAAGCGUCUUGUGGACACUUUGACUGACAAGUUGAAGUCGUUUGGCCUGAGAGUUGCCUUGGCAUCAAUGUCAGACCUGGAUCGGUUCAAAGGGAAAUACAUCAUCUCUCUACUGGAGGUCGAUUCACCCCUUGUACACGGCUGGGACGCACAGGACUUUGUGAACUUCAAGCGUCUGGUUUCCAAUUGCUCUCACAUACUCUGGAUCACCCGUGGUGGUCUCAUGCAGGAUUGGAAAGAUGGGCUGGAGUUCGCACCAACUCAAGGCCUACUCAGGGUCAUGCGUACAGAAUAUUCCCAAGUCAAGUUGCCACAUCUUGAUUUGUCCAGAGCCAGUAUCCUGAGCGCGAGUAACACUGCUAGUAUCAUUUCUGAUGUCUGGUGCAAUUCUGCACAAGCGGGGUCCGCCCAGCAUGACAUGGAAUAUGCGGAAUGCGAUGGUAGAGUGUUCGUACCGAGGUUCGUCGAAGACAAGAGCAUGGACGCAGAUUUGCAAAAUUCAGAAAGAACUCUCGAAUCGGUGAAGGGAACUUUGAGCAAUAGAAAGGAUUUGAGGCUGAUUCGAGAGGGCAGCGAAUUUGUUUGGGUUAAUGAGUCGGAGCUAUCUACGCCUAUUCUCGACGGCGAUGUUGAGAUUACCGUUGAGCUCGCGCUUGUACAGGCCACACCGGUGUCUGAAGACCCCCUUGGUACUCCAGUUUGCUCUGCGAUUGUUGGAACGGUUUCCGCGACAUCGUCUUUGGAGAUGACUACGAAAGUUGGACAACGUGUCAUCGCAAUUCAUUCAGGGCCAUGCAGCACUAGCGUUCACGUUCCCGAGUCGUUUGUUCGAACCAUAUCUUCAUGCCUGCCGCCCGAAGAAGUUUUGGCAACGCACUACGCAUUCUUUGCCACAGGUUUCGCGUUAAUAGAGACCGCGAGACUCGAGAGUGGCCAGACCAUUCUCAUACGUGGCGGCGACUCGCUGUUAGGCAGAGCCGCGAUCCGACGAGCACAGCGAAUCAAAGCAGAAGUCUUUGUUACUAUGAAGACUUCCAACGCAGCAGAACUCUCUUCAACAGAGAUUGUGUUUGAUCAUAGUCACGUUAUUGAUGACGAUUGUCGUUCUUGCGUGGAUGAGAUCCUGCGUCAGACUCAGAAUCGGGGAGUAGAUGUUAUACUCAACUGUCAAACUGCACAAAUAGACCCUAAUUGGGUUGACUGUCUAUGCGACUUCGGAACUUUCAUCAAAAUGGGGCCCAGAGGAUCUGGAAUCGCUUCCAGUUUGGUUGCAUCUCGCCGCAACGCCACUUUUGUGAGUGUGGACGUAUCUCCUCUCGUCAAAGCAAAGCCGAAGCUUGCCAAACGCUUCUUUGACGAGACUUGCGAACUUCUUGAGACUGAAGACUUGAUUCAACCGGAUCCUGGAUCCCUCAAAUCGGUUUCUGAUAUUGAUCACAUUAUGUCUCGGGUUGACGAUGGUAAAGCAACCAGCGAAAUAAUUCUGGAGUUUAACCCCCACGACCAAGUUCUCAUGCGUCCUGCCAAAUUGCCCGAGCUGCGACUAGACAAGCAAGGAACUUAUAUUCUUGCUGGGGGUCUCGGUGCAUUAGGCCUCAAGAUUGCGGACAUGAUGUUCGACCACGGUGCUGGACAUGUCGUCUUUCUCUCUCGGUCAGGAGGCGAGAAGAAUUCAGCCGACCUGAAGUCCCUCUGUCAACGGGGUCUGGCAGUUGAUGCAUUAAAAUGCGAUGUCUCAAGUUCAUCUCAAGUUGACGAGGUGGUUCAACAUCUUCAGGCCCAAGGCCGGCGUAUUCGGGGCGUCAUCCAGUGCGCAAUGGUGCUUGAAGUAAGUCGUUCCGACGGAGAGAUUAGGUAUUGGUUCAAAGACACCGUGCUAACAUCGGCUUAUCAGGACACAAUCUUUGAGAACAUGACAUAUGAUCAAUGGCAAAGGUCAACUCGGCCUAAGAUCCAGGGCACAAUGAACCUUCAUAACUCCACUCCCCGAGACGUGGACUUCUUCAUCCUCUUGUCCUCAAUAACCUGCGUCAUUGGAAACGCCGCGCAAGCAAACUACGCUGCAGGAAACACAUUCGAAGAUGCAUUUGCCCAUUUCCGUCGUAGCGAGGGCCUCGCCGCAACCGCAAUUGACGUCGGACUUGUCACCGACUCGGCCCAUUUCACGGGAGACUUUGAUAUGGACGCCUAUUUCCAGAUGUACGAGCAUCGGUGGGAUGGUUUGCAGACGACUCAGUCAGAACUUGAUGCCGUUUUGAAAGCUGCCAUGCGAGGCCGGACAGCAGACGGCAAACACAUCGAGCCACAAAUAGUUCUCGGCCUUGGUCAUUCAAUGCCCUUUGGUCCUUCAUCGGCAGGAUGGACCAAGGACCCGAAGUUUAAUCACCGGGUCAGACUUGCUUUGGCCAAUAGUACAGAUCUUUCUAGUAAACAAGAAACUCCCGCGGAACGGCUUGCUCAAGCGAAGAAUACUCAGGAUGCGGUAAAUAUUGUGGAAGAAGUCCUGCGAGGCUACGCAGCACAGAUCAUGGACGUUGGAAUGACAGACAUUGACACGGAAAAAGCUUUCUAUGACUUUGGAGUUGAUUCACUCAAGGCCGUCGAGCUCCGGAAUCGGAUCUUCCGUGACGUGCAGAGCGAUAUAUCAGUAUUUGAGUUGUUGAGCCCUUCGCCUCUGUCCAAGUUGGCGAUAGACAUCUUGGGGAAAAGCAAGUUUACGAAGGACAAGUAG